ACCUUUCCUCCUCCCUCCCCACUCGUGGCCGGACCUGACCUGACCUCGCGUCGUCACUGUCGCUCGCGAGACUUCGCCGGAUUGGAAUCAGAUACGGCACGACGGCGACGAUUUCAGCCGCCGGCUCCGUCGAGCUCCGCUAAUCCGUGGCUCAGCCCAGCAUCAGGUGGCUCCGGUGGCCUGAUCCGACGCCCGAUCAGAGAUUUGGGCAUUUUUGCAGUUCGCUCUGCCUGCCGUCCGCGAUUUGCAGAGCUUGGUGCGGACGGAAUCUUCGAUACUGUUGCAUAUUUGCAGGGUUCUGUGUUCUGUUCGGCAUAAUCAUCCGCAGGGGCUGGUUGCUCUGUUCGUGGGGCUCAAUUGCGUGUAGGAUUGGUUGGCGGUGUGUGGUGAUUGGACGCCCAGGCUCAGAUGGCGUUGAAGAAGGCCAAGUCGUAGUCACGCCUGGAAUGGAUGCUAGGGAAUCGAGCCGUGGCCAGGAAGAACACGCACCUCUGAGUCUAUCCAUGGUCCGUGACACUGUACGUCGAUCCAUAGACUUGAGGCAGUGAUCAGGUUUUGUUCAGUGCAAGAACUCGCCAUGGGCAGUGCCUGCUCAAGGAACAGAGGCCAGGUGGUCCAUGAGGAUCAACUGUACAGCGUCAAGUUCUCCAAGAGCGGCAGCUUCAAGUGGCUGCUCCACACGCUGUCACGCAGCAGCUCUGAUGUGCUCCGGAAGGCGCAGGGACCGGGCCCAGGUCGCCGCCCGUCGCUGGUUGAACUUUGCGUGGCCAGAGUCCGUGAGGACAUAAGUAGGUAUUCAGAUUUCUCCAUGCUGCCUAGGGAUCUUAGCCAGCAGAUAUUCAACGAAUUGGUGCGGUGUAGCUACAUCAAUGAGGAGUUGCUGGGAGCUUUUCGCGACUGUGCUUUGCAGGAUAUUUGUCUGGAUGAGUACCCUGGAGUGAAGGAUGCUUGGAUGGAAGUAAUCGCUUCUCAAGGGCAGUCCUUGCUAUCUGUUGACAUCUCUUGCUCUGAUGUGACUGAUAGUGGAUUGAAUCUUCUCAAAGAUUGCUCAAAUAUGCAAAGUCUGGCAUGCAAUUACUGUGAUCGAAUUUCUGAACAUGGACUUAAAACAGUGUCAGGCCUCUCAAACUUGACAUCGCUCAGCCUUAAGAAAUGUGCUGCUGUUACAGCUGAAGGAGCAAAAGCCUUUGCCAAGUUAGUUAACUUGGUAAAUUUGGACCUUGAGCGAUGCCCAAAAAUUCAUGGUGGCCUUGUUCAUUUAAAAGGCUUGAGAAAACUGGAAACACUGAAUAUGAGAUAUUGUAACGGCAUCACUGAUUCAGAUAUGAAGUAUUUAUCAGAUUUUACGAGCUUGAGAGAGUUGCAACUGUCUUGCUGCAAAAUAAGCGAUUGUGGUGUUUCUUAUCUGAGAGGUCUAUCCAAACUAUCCCACCUAAAUCUGGAGGGCUGUGCAGUGACUGCUGCUUGUUUGGAAGCUAUAUCAGGAUUGGCUUCAUUGGUUUUGUUAAAUCUCAAUAGGUGUGGCAUAUGUGAUGAAGGCUGUGAGAAAUUGGAAGGUCUUGUCAAAUUGAAGGUUCUUAAUUUAGGGUUCAACCACAUUACAGAUGCCUGCUUGGUUCAUCUACGAGAAUUGAUCAAUUUGGAGUGUUUGAACUUGGACUCAUGCAAGAUUGGUGAUGAGGGGCUAUUGCACCUGAAAGGCCUUUUGCAGUUGAGAAGUUUGGAACUUUCGGACACUGCAGUUGGAAGCAAUGGACUUCGUCAUCUCUCUGGUCUUCGGAAUUUGCAUAGCAUGAAUCUCUCUUUUACAGUGAUUACGGACAUUGGUCUGAAGAAAAUUGCUGGCAUGAAUUCACUGAGGUCACUGAAUCUUGAUAAUCGCCAAAUCACAGACAAUGGCUUGGCAGCUCUUACAACUCUCACCGGAUUAACGCACCUUGAUCUCUUUGGAGCUCGUAUAACUGAUGCUGGGACAAACUGCCUCAGAUGUUUCAAGGGUCUGCGGUCUCUGGAGCUCUGCGGUGGGCUAAUCACCGACGCCGGAGUGAAGAACAUCAAGGACCUCAAAGACCUGACGUUGCUUAACCUAUCCCAAAACGGCAACCUCACAGACAAGACCUUGGAGAUAAUCUCGGGCCUGACCGCUUUGGUCUCGCUGAACCUGUCGAGCUCCCGGGUGUCCAACGCCGGUCUCCACCAUCUGAGGCCGCUGCAGAACCUGCGCUCGCUGUCGCUCGACUCGUGCAAGGUGACGGCCUGCGAGAUCAAGAAGCUUCAGCUGGCCGCCCUCCCCAACCUGGUAAGCGUGCGGCCGGAGUAGUCCGGUAAUCGGCACCUCCGUCCAUCUGUAGAUAGCCACUACGAGUAGAGCAGCAGAACGUGCCUGCGCGUCUGUACAUACAUAGUCUUGUGAGUUACGGGAGGGAUUGUUGAUCUGAUGAUAGACUGAACUGUUUAUGUCGUCUACGGUGUGCCCAUUAAAGCUGAUGCGAAGAAACAACUGUAAAUGCGUCGUGCUUCCUCCGCAUUUGGGAUGGUAUGUAAAAUGUAAUGGCUCCUGUACAUAACAGUUGGUGUUUGCGAA